AUGGAGAGGACGGCGGUAGAUACGGCAUGUCAAAUCAAAGGAGGUUUGGUUUACAAAAGCAGAGAUGAAGGAAGUAAAGGACUGGAUGUUUAUGAAGCAUUCCCUUCUGAAUCCUUGUCCUUCACACCAGGAGAUAAAGAUUUAAAAUCACGGCGUGGUUCAAGAGUCGAGGCCAGCUCGGGCCGCAUAAAAAGUCCAGGCCGUGAUGCGAUUAUCAGCGGCUACGUGGUCAAGAGACGACUCGGAGCUGAACUUGGCGCCAGCCAGGGCGGCUUCAGUGAGCGGGGACCGUCGGCAGCCACGGCAGAGAUGGAGAAGGGGCCCUUCUCGGUAGAGUGGCUGGCCCAGAGCAGCCGCGGCGCAGCCCAGCCCGCGGCCCGCCGGCCCCGCUCCCCGCCCGGAGGAGCCGGCAGCCAGGAGAGCCCGGCGGACCUCGCCGCGCUCCGGGACCGGGAGGCCGCGGACCGCAGCAGCAGCCUCGGGCACGAAGCGGAGGCGGGCGGCGGGGCCGUGCCCGGUCGGCCCCGCACCAAGUUCUCGGCCGCGCAGCUGCAGGAGCUGGAGCGGAGCUUCCGCGAGCAGCGCUAUAUCGGCGCCAGCGAGAAGCGGCGCCUGGCCGCCGCGCUGAACCUCUCCCAGAGCCAGAUAAAAACCUGGUUUCAGAAUCGUCGUAUGAAGUUUAAACGUCAGACUCAGGAUGCCAGGGUAGAAGCUCUUUUCUCAGGCUUAUUUUUGCCCUAUCGUUGUUACCCAGAUAUUGCCACAUCCAGCUAUUCUCAGGGGAUGGAUGUCAAUGUAUCUUCUACCUCUGCUGUUUCCCUUCACCCAGCUAUGCCAAGCCCUGCCUUGUUGUUACCUUCUGUUCCAGCUCCGUCCCUGCAGCCAGUUUUGCCAAGUCCAGCUUUACUAUUGCCUCCCAGCCCCGGAUUAUCUUGUUACUCUUCUGUAAUUCCAGCAAUGACUCUAACCGAUGACAGUAAAAGACUGAGGUUCCAGCCAUAUCUUCCUUCCUGUUAAAAAUGCCAAAGAUUACCUGUAAUCUAAAUAAGAACUGCCAAAUAUCUCCAAGAGUAAUUAUUUAACUUAUUGUGUUAUAUUAAAUAGAUUGACGAUUCAAUUUUUUUUUUUAAUCAAAUUUGGGGGUUUAUGUUAAAGGAGAAGAUAAUUUGCCUCUACUAGAGAAGUAAUACUGAGAGUGGAAGUGGAAGACUUGAAACUUCCCUUUAUUCCUACAGUCUUCGCUAUGCUGUACUGAAACUUCUAUAUGAAUUUUCCUAUCCAAAAGUUUGUUUUCAGAAAACAACCUAUAAUCAUGUGGGGAUCUCCACUGAAAAAGUGGAG